AUGAUGUCAUCUGGCACAUUCUUUGAACUCCUGUUUCCCCAGUCUGGGUGGUCAGCUGAUGCUAAUGGUGGCACAUUAGAAUCACUUGGAUAUAAAGAGGGUUUUCGAGUUGAUGUUGAUAUCCCAGAUGGUACAUGGGCCGAGGCUCCAAGCUUCCAUGAUAUUCUUAUCUUUAACACAGGACACUGUUGGCCAAGGUUUGGGAAAGUUUAUGGUUUUACAGGCCAGGAAGUAGUGUUUGGUUUGCUGGUUGAAGAGCUCUUCUCUUUGAAGAACAAUGGGACAAAUGUGGAGACACGCCUCGUGAACCAGCACCUAUACAAGGCCUUGAAAGGCUCUGAUUUCCAUAUUUUGGAGAUAACCCGGAUGAACGAGUUUAGAGCAGAUGCCCAUCCCUCCACAGCUGGCGAAAAGAAGCAUGACGAUUGUAUGGACUGGUGCCUACCAGGAACUACGGAUACUUGGAAUGACUUGUUCAUAACGCAUCUAAACAAUAUCAAGUUUCAAAACUGA